AAGGUAUUCCACCCCUAAUGAUAUCGGCAAUUUUCGUGUAACCUCGUGUAACUUCGUAUUUCGGGGAACCCCCGUCAGAUGCCCGUAUGAUAAGGAUAAGGAAAAAAAUGGCGGCCUCCAUGCAAGGUCGUGACAGUAAGGGUAGAUUUACAAAAUCGCUGCCACCCUCAAGGAAAAAGAAAAGGCCGAGGAUAAUAAUUGAUCAUAAUUAUUCAGUAGGACACGUAUGUAACGGCACGGAGUGUGGAGAUGCUGUAGAAAUCCCGCAAAACGCAAGUAGGGACAGUUGGAAAAAAGGUCGGCGGAUCAUCGAACUAGACUCUCUGUUGUCCGAAUUGAAAUAUUGUAAAAAGUGUUUCUUAGGCCCAGUCCCGUUAACAUAUGACACAAUAGUUGGAGAACUGAAGAAAGGUCUUGGCGGAUAUUUGUAUGUGGUGUGUUCCAAUGUUGAUUGUCGACAUGUGAACAAGGUGGCAUACGGGAAAACAUACCGUGUGAAAAAAUACGGAAUGCCUUGUUUUUCUGUGAAUACAAAGCUAGGUACAGCUAUGAUAGACAGCAUAGGCGGCCCUGACAAAGUCAACAAUAUGUUGUCGACUCUUAAUAUACCCCCUAUUAGUGGUAAAAAUCUGAAAAGUAUGGAGAGGCGUGCUGGUGAAGUUGUUGAGGAAGUGGCCAGAAAAUCUACGCAGAAUGCAGCAAUUGAAGCAUUCAGGAUGGAAAUGCAAGAUGCUGCCAAAGAGGAGUCGGAAAAAGCAUUAGCAACUAUGGGCCCAGUAGUGGAAGACCUUGGUGUUUGCCCACUUCCUGAUGCGUCUCCAUCAAUCAGACAAGUAUUUUCUACUGUGUGCGAUGAAGUGACUAAAGAUCAUGCUGCAGACCAAAACAAAGGUUACUCAACAGGUGCUGAUGAUGAUGAAUGGGAAGAUUUGCCUAAUGAAGGCAAUUUUCCACCACUAAAGCACCCUUCUUAUCUGCAUAAAAUGAAGAGCUUGACAAGGAGGAAGGCAUCCAAAUUGUCUAAUAGCACAAAAAGAGCAUUGCAGUUUCCAUGCAAAGCAAGAUCAGGCAUGACCGUUGCUGUGGAUACGGCAUGGCAGAAACGAGGCUUUGAUAGUCUUACUUGUGAGUAUAGCGACUUAUAUGAUCUGAAACACGACUAUAAAUUUAUACUGCUUAAAUAUAUGUGUUAGCAUAAUUUCUUUAAUUAUUUUAUCAGCUCAUACAUUCUUCAUGAGUAGAUCUGAAUAUGGUAAGAAAGUUGUUAAGUCUGUUGUAAAUCAUAGAACCUGUGGGGUUUGUAAAUGGUGGCAAAGAAAUAGACCAGGACUACCUGUAAGAAAACAUAGGUGCGUGCGCAACCAUGUAGGUAGCGCCAAACUCAUGGAGAGCACUGGUGGAUUGAUUGGUGUCAAAGAACUCGCAGCCCAGGGAACACCUAUAGAGUGUAUAGAAGGGGAUGGUGACAACACUCUUAUAGCUCGUAUUAAGAAAGACCUCAACAUCUCUUUAAAGAAGAAGUUUGAUAAGAACCAUAUUCUGAAAAAUAUUGGGAAAAGUUUAUAUACACUGCAUGCAGAAAAAGGUAUAAAACUCAGUAAGACUGUAAUUUUACAUAUACAGAAGUGCCUCAAAUAUAUCUUUGCCAAAAAUGCUGGAGAUAAGGAGAAAUUACAAGAAAACUUGAAAGCCCUUAUUCCUCAUCAGUUUGGAGACCACUCAUUAUGUAAAGGUAGAUUUUGUGGCUUCAAACGUAAUCAGAGUGAAACCUAUGUUCACAGAAGUCUUCCAUAUAAGGCUGCCUUGAAAGAUAAUGUGCUUCGUUCAAGACUAGAGAGUCUGUUCCAGCCAAUUAUUGCUAAUGCUGAGCAAUUUGCAGACCUUGGCUCAAGCCAGCAGUGUGAACAUGCCAAUAGAGAAGUGACUCUUAGGGCACCUAAAUCUCUUCAUUAUGGUAAUUCGGAAUCGCUAGAUUUCAGAGUACAUGCCACUGCAGCUUUUAUAAAUGAAGGACGACAUUACAUCUCACAGGUUCAUUCAGUUGUUUAUUGUGUGUUAGUUUCUGAGUUGUCUUAUGUUUGGGUUUGUUUACAGUUUGUUUAUUUCGAUUACAAUGUUUUUUAAUAUAAUUUUUUUUGAUUUUAUACUUUUAAAUAGGUAAGUUUUACUUAUUAUCCUUUUUUUCUGUUAUUAUAUAAUGAAUAAAUAUCAAUAAUUAUGUGCAAUAUUUCAGCCCAAAAAAGUUUAUUUCUAGUUUUUUAAUGUCUAAGUUACAUUCAAUAGGUGAACACAACUGCUGGGCUAUCUCCUGGUACACAUACUGAGCAGUAUGCCACAAAGAUGGCAAAGAAGAGGAAGGCCAUGCAAGAGAAGUCACAGCUGCCAUCCACAAAGCGUAGGCGUAUGAUUCUAAAGCAAGAACGAGCUGUUGUUCAGAGCGCAUCUGAAGUACUCGAAGGAAUAUCAUACCAAUCAGGUAAGUUCCCUAAUACUGAAUCUACUUUAUUACCAGUAAUAUGAUUUCAAUAUAUUGAAAGAUUUAUUUAUUUCCAAUACCUUUAUUUCCAAUAUUGUGAAAAGGUAUCGGACAUGAUGCUGAUACGGACAUUGAAAGUUUACCAGAGGCUGUACCACGGGGCAUUUUUAAACCCAUUAAUAUGAGUGAGGGAAAUACUGCAUCCUUUGUAACAUUUGACUUAGAAACUACUGACCUCAGUAAGAUACAUGUAUGUUAUAAUUUCUGUAUUACCUGUACAAACAUAUGCUACAUUGUAUUUCUAUUUUUCAAUAAUUAUUUGAUUUUCUUUUUAAUUAGUUCGUGGACGAGUUGUACCCCACAUUACACAAAUGGCGGCCCAUGAACUACACUCUGGAGCAUCCUUUUCUGUGUAUGUGAUUCCUAGUUUGCCUAUAUCUAGCUCUUCACAACAAGUCACUGGCAUAGCUAUGAAUGGGUCCAACUGUAUGACAGUCAAUGGUAGACCUGUGGAGGCUUUAGAUAUACAUGGAGCAUUUGAUGGUUUCAUCAAAUGGAUAAAAUCAUUUCCAAAUGCAAUAUUGAUUUCUCAUAAUGGCAGACGUUUUGACUUUCCUGUACUCCUGAAAACUGUUAUGGAUAUUGGUAAAACUGGCGAGUUCUUUGACAAUGUAUGUGGGUUUAUAGACUCGCUUGCAGUAUUUAGGAAAAUAUAUCCAGGUAGAAAAACAUACAAACAAGAAGAUUUAGUGAAUUCACUUUUGAACACAAGUUAUGAUGCUCAUAAUGCAAUUGGUGACGUCAGAGCUUUAAGAAAAUUGAUUGAGCAUGUGGCGCUUUCAACACAAGAGCUUCUGCAGUACAGUUUCCCCCCACGUGCUGUCCAAAGUGCCUUUCUAUUCAGGGAGGAAAAAUCAAAAAAUCUGCCUACCCUGAAUCCUCUAAUUAGCCAUGGAGUUAUGAAGAUGUGUACUGCAGAAAAUGUUGCUGGUUCUGGCCUACAGCUUACCCAUCUUAGAAAAAUUUUUCAGCGUGAUGGAGAAGAUGGACUUAGAAGUACAUUUAUUGCGCCAAAUUCCGAAGGACAACCACGAGUGACAAAUGUAAAAAGAACCCUUGAAAGUGUUGUACCUAAAUUGGUAGAUUAUUUUGUAAAGAAUUAAUUCUUUUCAAUUAUUAUUACAUGUGCUAGAAUAUACAUGUAUUUGCAUUUACAUGUAUAUCUGUCAACAUAUUUGAUACGUUUUUUAAUUUCUUUUACCUCAGUGGCUCCUAUACAUAUAUUUGUACAUAGAUAAAUGUUUUCCUAAGGUAUAUAUUGAUAUGUACCUAAUUCUGUGUUGAUAUUACAAGGAUAUGCUGAUCUAAUAUUUGAAAAUAUGUAAUGUUCAAAAUGUACAUAGUUGUCCUCGUAACCAUGGUAACAUACAUUUAAUAAGAUGUGAGAAAUGGGAAUUUUUUUCUUUCUUGUUAACACUUCUGCAUUUAUCUGUGAAUAAUGUAAUUGUUUUCAGAAGUUGUUUUUGUCCAAGAGAGCAUUGAAAACUUUAAAACGAUGAAAGUUGUGAAAAUUCGACUUUUGAAAUCAUGUCAUCGAGCUUUUAAAUUCCUUGUUAUUAAAAAUAUGAACGGUAAAAAUAUUUUAAACUUUGCUUUUUUAAUUUUAUACUCUUUGAAGAUUUUUGCUGUAAAAGAAUUAUCAUGGUGCCAAAAUAAAUAUGAUGCCAAAAUUCAUGUUUCCUUUGGCACGUGUGUGUCAAUCUCAUAAUAAUUGUCAAGUAAGAUCUUAUGUUUUAACCUGGUUAAAUAAUAUUAAAGGUGAUAGAAGAAAAA